AUGUCCGAUCAACCGCCUACCCACUCCCUCGACUGUGCCCCGCGACCUUCGCACGGCUAUCCAACCGACGACUCUCAAUCCGUUGAAAAGAGCCAGGUCAAAGACUCCACCGCUUCGCAUCCCCCGGCCUCGAAACCCGAUCCCACAACCGCACCGGCGCCUUCCCACUUCCACCCUCCCCAGCAAAAGACCGCUCCCCACGCCCAAAAUGCCGCCGCCGAAGGAGGACUCCCCCCCACCACUCCCGCCAGUCCCCCCGAACUCGCCCAUCUUAAAGUAAAACUACAGCAAGCACUACGCCAAUUCCCCGACUUCCCCUCCCCCGGCAUCCUCUUCGAGGACAUCAUGCCCCUCUUCUCCUCCCACGCCCUGCACACCGACCUCAUCCGCGUGCUCGAGCUCAAAGUCGCCGAAGCCUUUGGCACGAAGACGGGAGAAAAGAGCGAGGUGGAUGUCGUGGUGGGGUUGGAGAGUCGGGGGUUCUUGUUCGGGCCGACGUUGGCGUUGAGGCUGGGAGCCGGGUUUGUGCCUUUGCGGAAGAAGGGGAAGUUGCCGGGGGAGUGUGAGACGGAGGGGUUCGAGAAGGAGUAUGGGGAGGAUUUCUUUCAAUUGCAGAAGGAUGCGAUUGCGAAGGGGCAGAGGGUGGUGGUGGUGGAUGAUAUUAUCGCUACGGGCGGUAGUGCUGCAGCAGCCGGUCGACUUGUGCGAAAGCUGGGCGGCGAGCUGCUGGGUUAUGUUUUCAUGAUGGAGCUCGACUUCUUGAAGGGAAGGGAUAAGCUGGAUGCGCCUGUCCAUACGCUCUUCGCGGGACAAGAAGAGGGCUUGAAGAAGGAGUCAUAG